GAGAUAGUUUCCAUCUACCCUGUUUUGUCACCGCCAAACCUGACUCCAGCACAAUCUAAUAGAGUUUGUAAUGCUUUAGCACUUCUUCAGUGUGUAGCCUCUCACCCUGACACCAGAAUGUUGUUCCUCAAUGCACAUAUUCCUUUGUAUUUGUACCCUUUUCUAAAUACAACAAGCAAAUCAAGACCUUUUGAAUAUUUGAGGCUUACUAGCUUAGGUGUCAUUGGUGCCCUUGUGAAGGUAGAUGAUACUGAAGUAAUCAGUUUUCUACUAUCAACAGAAAUAAUUCCCUUGUGUCUGCGCACAAUGGAGAUGGGCAGUGAACUGUCAAAAACGGUUGCAACUUUCAUUGUGCAAAAAAUACUUCUAGAUGAUGUGGGUCUGGAUUACAUAUGCACCACAGCAGAGAGGUUUUUUGCAGUCGGCCGAGUUUUAGGGAGUAUGGUAGGUGCACUUGCUGAACAGCCUUCAUCAAGAUUACUGAAGCACAUAAUUAGGUGCUAUCUUCGGUUGUCAGAUAAUCCAAGGGCAUGUGAUGCACUAAGAAAUUGUCUCCCUGAUAUGCUUAGGGAUGCUACAUUCAGUAGUUGCCUUCGUGAGGAUCCUACAACGAGGAGGUGGCUACAGCAAUUGAUUCACAAUGUUAAUGGUAGCCGUGUUGCUCUACAGGCAGGAGGAUUUGAUCAUUUGCUGGUGAACUAAAUUGAGAUCUUAUUUGUGUUAUCCGUGCAGUCUUAGACCACUAAGACUCACUUCAUAUAGGUGGUUUGGUAUAAGGCUCAUUUAGGUGUUUGCUAGGAAGGUGUCUCUUUUAAUCUGAUUGCUGGUCUUUUUUGGAGUUAUAUUGUGUUAUGUAAAGAAACACAACAUUAUGGUUAAACCUCAGACAUUUGGGUCUGAAGUUAGGCUUGGUUGUUCAAACUUCAGACAUACAAGUCUGAAAUUCGGGACGACUAAGCUUAAUUUCAGACAUUUUAUAUGUUAGGCUUUGGUAAGCCCAACUUCAGAUCCAUAUGACUGAAAAUUUAUGUCUGAAGUUGAUUUUGAAGUGGCUACAUCUUUUUUA